CCUCUUAAUUCUAUGGACUAGCGCCAUACAUGUAUUUAUAAUAACUCAGUAUAAGAUCCACAUAACUUUGAGAUCGAAGAACUGCGAGAGGAAUUGGAUUAGGAUAGGUUAUAACUUGUCUCCCUAACAUUCCACUUUGAGAACUGGAUGUUAUAUAUUCUACUCGUCGGUUUCUGUAUAUUAAUUAAGACCAUAAUUUUUUUUUUUACCGUAAAAUUGAAUAACUGUACAUACAGAAGGUAGACGACACUGUAGCAACUGGCUUUAUACGAGUUCCGAAUGAGCUUUUGACUAUUUGCUUGUCUGUUUCGAACUGCCAGUAUAAAUUCAAUUGAGAAUUAUUUUUCCUCAACACAAAACAUCUUUGCGCAGCGCAAUUAAUUUCCGAUAUAACGAAUCUUCAACUCGAACUGUGAACGAUGAGCUCAGAAGAGGCUUCACAGAGCCGCAAAAAAAUGGAGAACCCAUUUGACAUUUUGCGCGGUCGUCGUACCGAGAAGAAUAUCGCGGCGCCGGCAUUUUUUCGCAGCGAAAAGAUGUCACUGUGUCAAAUACUACUUCAUCGCGAGACCGCUUUCGACUGUCUUUACAACUUGGGCAUGGAGGGCAAGGUACAAUUCAUCGCGCACAACGACGGCUACUAUUUGCCAUGCAUGAAUUAUGUCAGCGAAGUGCAACGCUGUAACGAAGUGUUGCAUAUUAUGAAGGACUUGCAGGCAGAAAUCGAAGACUGUAAUCUAACAACUGUGUACUACCCGACUGUCGAUACCGACGAAGUGCCAAACGAGUCUGAUUUGCCACGCAUCGAAGCCCAAAUAGAGGAAGUGCGUAUCGAACUUGACGACGUGUUGUCCGAAAAGGAAGAGCUGGAGUCACAGCGUCAAAUAUUGAACGAACGUCUCUUCGUACUCGCGCGAGCUGAAGCCUUCUUCACGGGUGCGACCAACCGCGAAGCGGUCAUGGCUUGGACCAACAGCAUGAUAAUGAAUAUACUGCGCGAAGGCACGCAAGCACAUAGCAUGAGUCGAGACAACCAGGCGCAUUUGGGCUUCGUUACCGGCACUAUACUCAUCGAUAAAUUUCGCGCUUUCGAACUGGUCUUAUGGCGUAUUUGUCAUGGAAAUUUUUAUAUGCGACGCGCCGAGAUCCCCGCAGUUGACACGGAUCAGAAAUCGAAGAAUUCAGGACGUAGAUAUGCUUUUGUAAUUCUCUUUAUUGGUGAAGCGAUGCGUAGGAAGAUCUCUAAACUGUGCCAAACCUUUUCUGUGCAAUUGCACGAUUAUCCGGAAACGGCUGAAGCUCGCAUUGAGUAUCGCAAACGAAUCGCUUUGGAACUGAGCGACCUGGAAACGGUCUUGGAUCAGAUAAAAGCUCAACGUCGCCGUAUACUGAGCAUUGUAACGCUAGAACUGUGUAUAUGGCGGUCAAAAAUUAAUAAAAUGAUUAUGAUCUACGAUAGUAUGAACAAAAUGACCAAUGUCCAUCAACUGGAUAAUCAAAAAUAUCUGGUGGUAGAGUGUUGGAUACCAACGAAUAGUGUGACCACAGUACGGAACACACUGAUGAAGGGGGCUUACCGUUCAUCGAAAGGCGCACAAACAUUUCCUCCCAUCAUUACGGUACAAAAGUUCAAGCCACAUUUGCGUGAACCGCCAACAUAUUUUGAACUGAAUAAAUUCACGCGUGGCUUUCAAAACCUCGUCGACGCUUAUGGCAUGGCUUCGUACAAGGAGCUCAAUCCAGCUCCGUAUACAAUUAUAACAUUCCCUUUUCUGUUUGCUAUAAUGUUUGGAGAUGUGGGUCAUGGUAUUAUAAUGACGUCGUUCGCAGCAUGGAUGUGUUUAACGGAGAAGAAACAAGAGGACCGCAUGAAACAUUCGAAGGGCUCUAAUGAGGUGUUUGGUUUGAUAUUCGCUGGCCGUUAUGUCAUACUUCUGAUGGGUAUAUUCUCCAUAUAUACUGGUUUUAUUUAUAAUGACAUAUUCUCGAGACCCGCGAAUUUGUUCGGUUCGCAUUGGCGUGUUAACUAUACAAAGAGUACGGUGCAAAGUAAUAAAUUACUCCAGUUGGAUCCGCAGCAUGCUGAAAACUAUAUUGGAACACCCUACAUAUUUGGUGUCGACCCAAUAUGGGAAGUGGCGGGCCAGUACUCCAUUACCACCUUCAAUUCGCUGAAAAUGAAAAUUGCCAUCAUAUUGGGUGUGGUCCACAUGAUAUUCGGCUUGUCGUUGUCAGCAUGGAAUAGUAUUUACUUUCAAAAUCCGGGAGAUUUGUAUUUGGUGUUUUUUCCACAGAUCAUUUUCUUGACCUGCUUGUUCUUCUAUUUGGUCUUGCUGAUAUUUAUCAAGUGGAGUAUUUUCGGUGGACACUUCGAUACGCCAUACAACAGCGCCUGCGCUCCGUCCAUACUCAUAAUGUUCAUCAAUAUGGUGUUGUUCAAAGACGGCUCUAAGGAUGUCGUCAGUGGCUGCAACUUGGAAAUGUUUACGGGCCAAACGAUUGUACAGUAUCUACUAAUUUUUGUGGCGUUUUCUGCAAUACCGGUUUUGCUGAUUGGCAAACCCGUAUACAUACAUUUUGAACAAAAGAAAAUUAAGGCUAUACAGGAUGCGGAGCGCAAGCGCAAGGCCAGUCGCGAAACGCUGAAUAGUGUGCGAAAGACGCUCCAAACCUAUAAUGUGGAGUAUAUGAAGUCAUCAACGUCGUCACAGGUAUUCACCGAUUUGGAGGAGGAGAAAGUGGAUAUGACCGAGGUCUGGAUACACCAGGGCAUACAUUGUAUCGAGAGUGUCUUGGGCUCUGUGUCGCAUACGGCAUCUUAUUUGCGUUUGUGGGCGUUAUCUUUGGCACACGAUCAGUUGUCGUCGGUGCUGUGGAAGAUGGUGUUGCAAAUACCGCUGGUCGGUAAUCACGGCUUGGCGGAUGGCAUUUUGCUAUAUUUUAUAUUUUACGUUUGGGCGGCCUUGACUAUAGCCAUUCUAGUGGUCAUGGAAGGUUUGUCGGCAUUUCUGCAUACGUUGCGUUUACAUUGGGUCGAGUUCCAGUCGAAAUUCUAUACAGGCGCUGGUGAGAAGUUUAUACCGUUUUAUUUUGAGCCUACCACCAGAUAUGGUUGACUGGGGAGUGUGUUUAUGCAUUGCCUACUGAAUCACUAGAAAAUGAGUUUUGAAGCUGAAUAUAAUUUGUUAAACUCAUUAAAAAUGGAAAACAAGAAUUUCUCUUGUGGAAGAUAUAAACUAUAUAGUUGUUAAAAAAUUUCGAGUAUUAAAAAAACCGUUUAAUUUUUGUGUAAAACUAUUGAACUUCAUAAUGCAAUAAAUGGGACUCGUCACCUUGAGAUUAAUUUCGCUGAUAUGUUUUUCAUUUAUAUGCCCUGAAGAGAGUACAUUAAGUGUGCGCCGAAGUUCUAGCACCUAGAAGGAAGAGUUGGAGAUAUUUAUGUAUAUAUCUUAACACAUAAAUGAUCAGCAUGGUGAGCUGAGUCGAUUUCGUCGUGCUUGACUCUCUAUAGAUCCGCGAACUACUCCCGCAGUUUCUGGAAUGUUGGUCUGAAAUUUCUCUCGCGUUAUUUAUUCUCCAUUCGAGUCGAUGCAACCGAAUUUAAUGUGUGUUCUUUUUUGAAUAGAUUCGGUAAUCUUUGAAGUUAGGUUCGAUUCGCCACUUCUUUAAGUAUAUCUAAGCCCUCUCAUAGUCCUCAACCAUUUUUCAAAACCGGUGCUAUAAACUUAGAUUUCAUCACUGCCAGUUUUCGAAGUCACAUUCAAUAAAAUUAUACCCCUCUUAGAAUUCGAAGUUUAAUGUGUGUUUAUUGUUUGUAUGUAUGUGUGUAUGUAAAUUUGUUUGAGUUUGUAAUUAAAUUUUCCGCGUGAGUGCCUUUGCAAGGUGAAGGCGUUGGACCAAAUGAUAGUUGUCACCAGCCGCUUUCAAAACAUUUUUCUUCGAUUUGUUUACAUGCACCAAUUUGUGGCAAGUGUUCGCGUUUACGCCACAUUGGGUGAAUUACAAAGUAAGCUAUUUUGCCAUGCUACAGACUUGAUAUAUUUUUUCGUCUUAGGAGGACAUCAAGUUGCAUUUUUAUUUAAGAUUUAUAAUUACUAUUUAUUGAGAGUGCAUUUUUUUAGUAAAGAAAAUACUUUACAAAAUAUAUUUCAGAUAGGUUCAGUAUUAUUGACCUCAAUUUAUGAAAUCACGUACAGGUCUAUAGCGAAAGAAAAUGAACUAAAGCAAUUCAAGCGAAACGUCAAAAUAGCGCCGGCAUAAAUGAGAGCUAAACCAAAAUAAAAGUAUUUAGAGAGGAAAAUAAUAAUAUACCAGUGUAAGAUAAUUGGUUAGUGCGUUGCUACAGUACGAGAAGACAUUGAAACUUUAAAAAACUGUUCCCAUCACUUAAGAAUACAUAGAUAAAAAUAACAUAGGAGCAAGAGAAGAGCGCAAAAUCUGUACACAGUCCCAUUUGCGUCAGCGCUAGUCGCAGAUUGCCGGUUUCAGCACUCGCUUUACGUAUUUACAUAUGUACAUAUGUAUGUGUGACUUGUUGUAAAUUCGUACAAAAUAAAUCUCUCGAAAUGCUUGCUCCCAAAAACAUACACCAGAACUUGCAAAAUAUUCCAUUUGUAAAUAAUAUGCCAUGAAAUUACUUCAUAAUUGAAUAUUCGUACAAAUCUUCAUUUUUAUCGAACAGCAACAUUUAAACUCUAAAGCAGAGUUGUAUUUUAUUUGUUACCUGCACGAGGAAUUAUGUUUUCAAACACAGCACCCUAAUGAUGUACAUCCUUAAAUAGAUAGCUUUCUUUAUAUAUAAAAAUUACGUACCACGUUGUUUGUCCGCGAUGGACUCCUAAACUACUGGACCGAUUUUGGCAAAAUUUAGCGCACUGUGUCCAGUUCGCAACAACUUAAGAGAUAGUAUAGUAAAAACAAUCCAUAAAUAAAAAAUACAGUGAAAGCUCUAUUAAGCGAACAACUCUCUUAACUGGACAGAAAGGCUGGUAACCAGACAUUGAGAAACAGUUUGUAGCUUCUUCGAAUUGAAAAGGGAUCGGAACAUCUGCUCUGAGCAAGCAAAACUGUGAAUUAUAAUAUUGUAUAUUCGAACGUUUUGUUGUCAUUAGCUGUAGGAGAUUCAUUGUCGAAUUGUAAACAGGACUUGCGAUUAGUUUAUAAACAGAAGCCCACCUUCGUUCAUGUUUAUAAGACUCUGUGUGAGUAUAUUUAAUCGAAAAAUGAAUCAAUUACGUAUAUAGUAUAUUAUCAAGACAUAUACUCACGCUAUCAGUGAACGUGAAAUAAAGAUCACAAUUGACAAGUUUUUCUGUGAGCAGAGGAAACAAACAUCUCGUAUAAUAUAUCCAAGCAUAUAUGUAUGCCGUUAUAUACUCAAUAAGGCGAGACAAACUAUUCUUUGUGCUGAAGCAGAAACAAUGAGUCGCAGCCAAAGCAGCAGGAACUACAAAUCCCAACUGACAUUGAACGAGAAAAAGACGACAUUUGGCAACUAAAAACAAUCAAAUAAUAAAGUUGAUGUUUAUGAAGAGAAAAGAGGACCACUGACCGAAACAUUGGGUGAAGACAAAAUCUUCAUCGAUGAAAAUUGAAAAAACAUAAAUGUACUUUUAUUAUUUUAAUUUUUAAUUACUUUUUCAUCUGAAAAAACGAAAAGUUAUUUUUUUCUGAGAACUUUUUUGGGAUUUCACGCUAUGGUUGCCAUUCCCAUGGAAUCUGUUCACAAAACAUAUGUUGCUCAGCCAUGGUCUAAGGCGAGCGCCAUGUAACACCAACAUCAGACAGAUGGAGAACUACACCCAAACUUACACAAGUGCUUCGACGAACACACUCCGCCGCAUAUAAACAAGCGUGUAUAUUUAGACCGAAAGAGUUUUAUGUGCGAGCGUGUGUGUACAUAACGGUGUACGCGCAGUUGAUGUUUCAUUAAUUUUCCUUGAUUUUCCAUUUCCUCAUUUCCCGCUCGCGUUCCUCAUUUCGAAAAGAUAUUUUCGAAGCAACGCACUGCCGCGGCGACACAGAACGGUUUCAAAAAUUGCGAUCAGUUCGUUUAGUGCUUUAAGUUGAAACAGUUCGCGAGCGAGCGGACGUUUGCGAAUAAAGUUUUACCACAAAGAUAUAAUUUACUAUAUUUUUUUUAACUCCACAAACCAAAAAAAAAAAUAAAUCGCAAAUUUUUUUUCCUGAGGAAUUAAUGCAUUCUCCACAUGCAGAGAUAGAUCAUCAAAAAACGAAAGCCGAUCGAUUUGAGUGUUUGAAAUAAAAAGCUUUAAAUUAUUGUGAUAUGAAAAUGAAUAAAAGUGAACGAAAUUA